UUCACGACCCACUGAGGUUCCUCUUGCGACCAGUGGGUCGCGACCCAUAGUUUGGGAACCGCUGUUUUAUAUUAUUAUAUUUGAAAAUAGUAAACAUUUGAAAGAUACGGUAUCUACUAAUUUCAUUUUGCACUGAUGGCUCACAUUCCAAUGAUAAAUGAAAUUGCUGUUAUCGAAUAAUUUUCCAUUUAAAGAAUAUUUUGCAUAUCAGCAUUUAACCCAUUGUUAAUCAAAACCUUUUUUUCUGUUUUAUUUUGGCCAAUUCUGAUGCCAGGUUCUUUAACAGAACCAAUGCAGUUUUGCUAUUUACUAUUAGUUCUGGCAUUGUGUUGUAGUGUCUUCAAUUAUCUUUCAACUUAUCUUUAUUCAAAUUGAAACGAUCUGCCCUAAUCAAUAUAAUAAGAUAUCAUGACAUAACUUGUGUUAUUGAGCUGAUCAGAUUCAUGCUUUUGAAAUUUUUGUUAAAAUUCUUUGUAAGCUCUUAACUUGCGGACAUUAAUUAGUUUAAUCAAGUGGCAAAUGUCAGAAUAUUCAACUUGAACCAUGGUAAUACUCAAAACUAACUAAACUAACUUUUUUCUUGACAAAAAAGUGACUUCGGGCUGGAGGAUUGGCGUUUUGUCCCAGUUUUAGUAAAAAUGCUGAAUGAAAGCAAAAAAAUUACUUCAACUGAAUAUUGCAUUAUGAUUGGAACUAUUAUGUACCGAGUCAUGUUGGAGUUUCUCAAUCAUUGUGUUAUAUUUUACAGAUAUUGAUACGUUUAUUAACUACAGUAUAGUAUUCGAUAGCAAACCACAAUUAGUUUUUGUCCGUAACUGCUCAUUAUCUGCAAGAGAAUCGCUAUCACUAAAAAAUCAGUAGUAAAGUUGAGAUUGUAAGUAUAAGUCGAGCAAGGUUGUUAGUAGUCAGUAUCCAACAUGAAUGAAAUUGAAGCUCAAAAUGAGAAUCCAGAAUGGGAAAAAGCAAGGAAAGCACUCGAAAACCUCAAUCAAGACAAGAGUGGUAGCAAUAACAGUAAGUAUGGCCAAGGAACACCUAGGAAUGGACCAGAUAAGUUUUUUCAAGGUAACAACAACAUGAGGAAUAUGGGAUAUCAUCCUUCAGGUUCAUGGGGUUCGCCAUUUGGAUAUGGAGCCAUGGGAGGGUAUAGUCCAAUGCAAAGAGGACCCUACCCACCUAUGGGAUACAUGAACCAAUUUGGAUCGAUGGGUCCAGGAAUGCGUAGAGGAUCUCCAAUGCAAGGAAAUAGAUUUCGUAUGGGAAUGAAUAAUAUGUCUCGAAUGCCAUCAAACCCUUAUGGAAAUUUAUAUACGGGAUUUGGAUCAUCACCAAAUGGCCGGAGGAUUGAUGAUAGUCCAAACAAAAAUGUCUCUAGUAGAGAUCAUAGAAAUGACGACAAUGAACCGCCUCUGCCUCCUGAUUCAUCUCAGGGCCCUCCUCCACCGCCACCAGGUUCUGAAGGGAAACCAUCUUUCCCUAAACCAAGAUUGCCCAAUAAUUCCUAUCGAUUUAGGCAUGACAAAGGUUCAGGACCUAUUCGAUUUAAUCUUGGAUCAACAAAAUCAGAGUCAGAAAAAUCAAACCCAAGUGAAGAGAGGAUGAGUGAAGGGAAAUCAUCUCGUAGUCCACCCAAGAUAGAUGAUCAUCAGACGAAAAAUCAUGAAUCCAAAAAUGAAACGAAACAACCUGAUGGUGCGAAUUCUUUUCAAAUGGGGAAUAAGUCUUGGUCUCCAGAAUUAAUGGAAUAUAUUCAACGUUCAUUUCAAGCGUGCACCUCUGAAAGUGAUAAAGAUAGAACAGAAGCAUAUUUGAAAAGUCUUUUAAAUGAAAGAAUGAAGAGUGGGGUGGCCCAUCAAAUUGAUUGGAAUGUUGAACCUCUGCCUAUUGAUCUGAUAAAACCGAAACCAGAGUUAAAAAUGGAAUUACGAAAUAAACUAUCACAGAGACAUGAUAGCUCUCCGAAACAAAGUAGAAAUACAGAUAGAAGGAAAAUUUCGAGAUCAUCACGAAUAACAAGAUAUUCAAGGUCAACUAGCAGUUCAAAAUCUCGUUCAAGGUCAAGAUCGAACUCACCGAAAAGAAGAAGAUACAGGCGAAGUAUGGAAAGAUCAUCUAGCGAAGAUGACACAGUUUUCACGAGAGCAGGCAGAGGGCCGCUCUCUGGAAGAAAAGACAAACGAAAAGGAACCGCAAAGAGCCGUCUGGGGCCAAAACUAAAAUUGGAUCUUGAAAAGUCCGCAUCGACACCGAAGACGCCAGCACAGACUCCAAAUAAAAAGAAGGGGAAGAAGAACAAGAAUACACCUUUCCGACUGGAUGAUCCUAACAAAGCGUUCAAGAUGGCAAAACGAGCCAACAGAUUUCAAUCUCAAAUCUCUUCCACCAGUGAAAAAUUGACUUUUACCAUCAACAAUUAUAAUGCUAACAACGACGGAGAGGAGAUGGAUUGGGAAAGUAUGCAAGUUGUUGGUACAUGCCAAGAUAUAUUCAAGCAAUAUUUGAGGCUGACGUCAGCACCCGACCCAUCCACUGUGAGACCGAUGGUGAUUUUGAAGGUUUCAUUAGAAAAAGUGAAAGAAGAUUGGAUGGAAAAACAAGAUUAUAGAUAUACGUGUGAACAGAUGAAAAGUAUAAGACAGGACCUUACGGUUCAAGGCAUUCGGGACACAUUUACAGUAAAAGUAUAUGAAACACAUGCGCGAAUCGCCCUCGAAAAGGGUGAUCACGAGGAAUUUAACCAGUGCCAAAGCCAACUUCGUCAGUUAUAUUCAGAAGGUGUGAAAUCUGAUAACAUACCAGAGUUUUUUGCAUACAGUAUUUUGUAUUAUAUCUACACAAAAAAUACAACAGACCUCACUUCUGUAAUGGUAGCUAUAACUCCGAAAUUACGAGAGGAUGAUUGCGUGCAAUAUGCUUUACAAAUGAGAGAAGCGUGGACAUCUGCAAAUUAUAAAAGAUUUUUCUCACUCUAUCAAAAUUCUCCAAGAAUGGCAGGUUACCUUGUUGAUAAGUUUGCUGAUAGAGAAAGAAAAGAAGGAAUAAAACGAAUGAUAAAAGCUUUCCGACCGAAUGUACCGGUUGAAUACCUGACAAAAGUGCUGGCGUUUCCAACCGAAAAAGAUUGUAUCAAAUUGCUCACGGAAAUGGGUGUCUCCCUUACACCCGAUCAAUCAAAAAUCGAUUGCAAAGCCAACCAAUCCGUUUCACAAAGUUAGUAAGGUUAAUAAGGGUCAUCUUUAUACCCUUGCUUGGUGCGUCGUUGUCGUUUUAAAUGUAUGAAAAGGGAGUAUUUCUGUCCUUCUUCGGUCGUUUGAAAUGCAUAGAAGAAAAGGGAAGUAGUUAUCCAAAGCUCAAUGAAGGUGGUGAAAGCCCCUACCAUAUGUGAACUUUUUAAAAGUACGUAAGUUUUCGACGCAGUAUUUUAGCUUUAUCGGCGGUGAGGAAAGUGAAUCAUGAUCGGCAUAUGCAAAUAUCGCGAUUCAUUUUGUCAAUAUUCGAUCACCUGUAAGCCAAGCAACCUUUGUUAGUAAGUAUCUUCACUGGAAUGGUGGAAAGGAUGAAAAGAAGUCUGAAGACACUGGGGAUGGAGCAACGAAGAAGAUCUGAAAGAGGAAAUGUCAGUGCGCUCAUUGUGUUCCACAGGGUUCAGUUCUUGUCCCCUCACACUUUCUUUUCCAUGAUGGCGAAUUCCGGCAUCUUACGCGCAUUGCUGUUACAUAUAGUCAAAGCAAAUCGUACAGCAAGUGCAAUUUGAGUAUUUAGAAAGUCUAGUUUCUUUCUUCGAAUCAAGGAAAUCAAUAUAUCCUCGAGGUACCUCUGUGCUAUCUUUAUAUUCAAUAGUGGUGUUGCGUCAUCUUCACUCCAUGGUUUUUUAAGCAGGUUACAUCACUCACUCAAUACACAAAUGCCACCAAGAUCCAGUUACUCAAAGUAUAAAUGCCUAAUCUUGAUGCCUCUGUGGCUCUUCUUUUCAGCCAUCAUCUAUCUACACACAUGCCUGUACCUCGUUUAGAAAAAUGUGUCUAUAUGGAUUCUUUCCGUCACAGCCAGAUGUGCCAAAAAGCUGGAACCAGGAAAUAUCUUAGCAAUGUCGAUGAAGUCUCAGAGUGGAAAUCAAUCCAAUCAUCUUAGUUUUUGAUGUUUUUAUUCAAUUCUUGAAAUAUAAUUAUGUAAUGAGGAGUCCUGGUUUUUCAAAGAGAAUAUCCGGAUUGCGGGGCUCUGCCUUUCAAGAUGGAAGCUUUCUCAAUCCAGAACUGACUUAGGCACGCGUCUCGUCAUAUUUUUGUUUUCCUCCAGGAAGUUUUAAUAUUUUUUUGAUCACAGCAAGCAGGCAAUUCCGACAGAAGAUUUUGCUAUGAAUGAAGAAAUGGGGUCAAUCGGCAUAAAAAAAUACAAGAAGAUAUAAUCAUCAUUGCCUAUGUUUUGUAUCGAAAAAUCCAGUUGAUGAUGAUGUAACAUGGCAAGAUAUUUUUCAACGCCGAAUGUGUUUAUUUGUUGUAUCCGUCUUUGCUUAAGUUUCAUUAUGUUUUUGCAGCCAUGUCGUUUUCUUUUGACUUUAUGUAGAUUAUUUUAAUAUGAUGAUUAUUUAAAUCUAGUUUCUGAAAACAGAUGUGCUUAAAAUUGCUUGCUUAAAAAAAAUAAUAUGGGAGUACAGGAUGAUCGUUCCCAAUAAACAGAACCCCUAAUUUUUUUUUAAUUCUACAAAAUGGAGAAAAUUUAACACUCUUAUUCAUAUUUGUAUCAGAAAAAUUUAGUAAUCUAGGACGCUUUGCAUUAAAGGUAUUUUUUCUUUAUAGUGUUCCGUUUUUUUGGGGGGUGACCCUGUAUUUUCUGCUAUUUUUAUACUGAUACUAUGAAAGGAGCUAACUUGUCAGUUGUGAAAAAAUUCUUGCGGUCGCUAUAGGAAUAUCACCCGAUAAGACCUUGACAAUCUGACUCAUAUGGAGGUUGUUUAAGCGCGCUGAUCCAUUCUUAUUCAAAAUUGUCUGUGAUGGUAAUAGUAAUUGAAAAAAAAGAAUAUCAUGGUCUUAUAAACCUGCUAAUAUCUGUGUAGUACAGCUUCUAGGACCCACCUGUUAUAGGUUGGGGCCCGUGAUAUAUAUAUAUGUUUCUAUUUCAUUUUUAUGCGAUGAUAACCAAUAGAACGUGGUUACAUAAACUUUUAUUUACGUCAUUUCAUACGAAAAGUAGCAGAAUUUGCAUCUCCAAAAUUGGCCACCGGAUUUACUCCGCGCUCGCUUUGAACUUUGUUCAUAAUAAAAUUCUUGGGAUUUAUGACUUUUUGUUUCCUUAAAUUUUAAUCAUGCGAUUAAUUGAAAUUUAUUGAGCAUGUAAACUCGUGUUUGUUUUCAAAUGAAAUUUGGCGUGUGGUUGCAUCCUAAUUUUUCGAAAUCCCAAAUGACAGCCCAUAGAAGUUUCUGCCCAACUUGAAUUUUCAGUGCUUGGUGACCAGUAUAUUAGGCGCCUUUGAAUUACAAUUGUCUUUCUGUACUUUUUUUUUGUAAAAUAUAACAUAUGGUACAUAACA